AUGAAAGAAUAUCUUCACAUUCUGGAACUACAAGUAGUCGAAUUGAAAAAUAUGAUGACCUAUCAAAAGAAGAUCAUAAAACAUAUCCGUCCAGCAAUGAAAACAUCAGCUGUCGACGCGAAUAUUAGAUCCCUCAAUCGGACAUGGCUCUGUAAGGUUACGCAGGUCCUGAUCGACCAUUACCAAACCACACUUCAAGAGAAGCUGACCACCAUUCGUACCAAGUCUUUAUCAUCACCUGCCGUCGACCGCAUCGUUUCUCAUGCCCUGUCCUGGGCCCGUCGCUCCUAUGGGAAACGUCUCACUCAAGCUGUAAUUUCCAAAUUCUACCAAACAAUCAACGAAACAAAAACCAGAGUAACCAUAUCUCUACCAACUGAAAUGGACACUACACCUGCACCAUCUAGAGCUACCACGCUGCCGAACCAAACCCCUAAACGAGCUCGAAGUUCACCUACUCCUAGUCCAGCAGACAUAGGUAAACGCUCUCGUAGAGAGGGCACACCCCUUCUCUUUUCACUUUCAGACUCGUCUUCCCCUUCCACACCAUCUGAAUCUUCACCCCGUGAUCCAGGAUCCGCCAACCUUUCUUCCUUCUGUGCGUUUUUGGACCAGCAAACCACCCCUCAGUCUCCAUCCAAGUCGAGACAUGUAUCCAGACCUUCCCCUCCUCGAACCAGAUCCCAGUCCGUUCCCAAUGCUACAAUUCUAACAACUACCAAACCAGUACCAAUCACACCGUCGACGACCAUUAUAUCCGCUACCAAACCGUAUUAUCACCAAACCAAGGACAAAUCAUUAUGGAAACUACCUGCUCUAAAGAAAUCAACCUUAAUAAUUGGAUCAUCUAACCUGAAUCGAAUUACCAAAACCAGUUCGGACACCGAAAUACAUUCUUACCCCGGUGCCCAAAUCCAUCACAUACAGUCAAUCCUGGAAUCAUACGACCAUGAUCCCAAACCUACUACCAUUAUUCUUCAUGCAAUUUGGAGGAAAUCUCAAAAUCUUGGACUUUCAGUCAUGCACAAGAAGGACCCCAAUGUGAAACAGUUGAUUAGACGAGCAGCUGGGCUAGCUCUUCUGCUUAUUCCCUUUAUUGGAUGCGUGGAUUCCAUCUAUGGAAUCGACACCACAUGUGCCUAG